UGAAUUUUACUGAAUUUUCAGCAAAUUUGGCGUAGAUCGCGCAUAUCGACUCACGCGCGAGGGAAUUUUAAAACAGUGACACCAGCGAACUGCAGUGGGCGCACAGCUGACAUUUCUCGUAAUUUCACGCUUAAGCAUAAGCGUGGCAAAAGUUUGCACUAUGGGCAAGCCCAAACCUGAAAACAUUGUAGUAAUGCUUUAAAAUUAGUAGUGGCAACCAAUAUGGCGUUAAAUACAGACAUUUACGAUGAUCUUUAUCUGUACGCAACGCCAGAAAAGUUUUACGUCGAACCAGUGGGUACCAAGGAAUUAUUGGUAGUCGAUCGAGUUACCCAACAAAUUUAUACCCAGGCAGGCACAGCUAGUCAAAUUCCUCCUACCGCUAGUCGACGUAAAAUAUGGGGGAUUGUCGGGACGAUACGUCUCCUGGCGUGCCGUUACCUGAUAGUUAUAACUGAUGCUGAACGCAUGGGAACGAUAGCUGGUCAUCAAGUUUUUAAGAUGGUUUCCACUGAGAUAAUUCCUUAUAUGAGGUCAUUACUUCAUCUAAAUGAAAAGCAGAUAAGCAAUAAUACAACUUAUCUGGAAAUGAUUAAGUCCGUGUUAGGCACGCCACAUUUUUACUUCAGUUAUACUUAUGAUUUGAGCCACACGAUGCAAAGGCUCCACAACACUACCCCAGAAUUUCUGCAGAUGCCAAUAUAUGAAAGAGCAGAUCUCAGAUUUGUGUGGAAUGCUUAUUUACUACAAGAACUGACGGCUAGACCUGAACAGCAUAGAUUCUGUUUACCACUUAUACAUGGUUUCUUGUCGUUAAGUACGGUGAUUGUGAACGGGAUUGCAUUCAACUGGGGUUUAAUAUCUCGUCGUGGAGUGCAUCGAGCUGGGACCAGAUUGUUUUCACGUGGUAUAGAUGCCAACGGUAAUGUGUCAAACUAUGUUGAGACUGAACAGCUGGUAGAGGUGAAUGGAGACCGUAGUUCAUUUGUUCAGACCAGAGGAUCCAUCCCUCUAUUUUGGCAGCAAGCUCCAAAUUUGAAGUACAAACCAAAGCCAAUAUUGAAUAAUCAGGAAGAUCAUCAUACAGCUUGCGCACGUCACUUUGAAACACAAAUAUUUCAUUAUGGGAAACAAAUAUUAGUAAAUUUGAUCGAUCAUAGAGGAGCAGAAAAUGCUUUAGAAGUGGCAUACUGUGAUAUCGUAAACAGAAUUGGAAAUCAGAAUGUGCGUUAUGAAUCGUUUGACUUUCAUGCUGAAUGCCGAAAGAUGCGGUGGGAUCGAUUAAACAUAUUAAUGGAUAGAUUGGCACAUGAUCAGGAGCAAAUGGGCUGUUUCACACUUUCUAGAGAUGGAGCUCUGUUAUCUGCUCAAGAUGGGGUAUUCAGAACUAAUUGCAUUGAUUGUCUGGAUAGAACAAAUGUUGUUCAAAGUAUGCUGGCAAAAAGAGCGCUCAGCGAUGCCCUUAGGAAACUGGCUAUAUUACAAAAUAUCGAGGAUCAUCCUUCUCUUGAAUAUUUAUUCAAGCAGGUAUGGGCAGAUAAUGCAGACAUGAUAAGUAUACAGUAUUCUGGUACAGGAGCAUUAAAGACAGACUUCACGCGAACUGGAAAGCGUACAAAGUUAGGGGCCAUGCGAGAUGGUGUAAAUUCUCUCACAAGAUACUACAAGAAUAAUUUUACAGAUGGAUAUAGACAGGAUUCUAUAGAGCUUUUCCUGGGCCGUUACAUCGUACAAGAUGGCGAAUGCCUGACGGUGAAAUGCCCCUUGGACGCCGAACGUAACUGGCGAUACGCUACAUUCCCAUUAGUUCUAUUAGUAGCAUCAUCGAUGCUAGUUGCUCACACAAUCCUUCCAUCGCGGUAUACUACCGAAGUUUUACUUUACAUGUUAUUCUGGGGUGCAAUGGUUGGGGGCACUUUUGCAACUGUCAUACACCACGGCAAGCAGUAUGUUGACAAACCAAAACUUUUAUAGUGGACAUAGAGACUAGCGGCAAAUACAGAAAUCUGACAAUGCAUUAUUUUCUAUGGUUGCCAGCUGCGUGUGGUUUAUCUAUGCCGGUGAAAUUUUUACGAACCUACGCGUUGGAAACGCAUAAGUGAUUCCAUUAGAUGCAAUUUAUUAUGUUAACAUAGGUAACAAGAACUAAACAACAAUUUACAUGGAUCGCUCCGUACCCAGCUGUCAGCUUUAUUUAAAUUUUCGUAAAUUUUACUUUAUGUUAGAAAUGAGAAAUUUAUAUUUUUAGCAUUUACAAUCUAUUGCUCUUAACUGAGCACUUUCCGUACGUACUUGAAUAUUAUUGAAUUGAAUAUUGUAUUGAAAAAUUCGAGCGGUUAUUGUUAGAACCAGGCGGGUACAAUAAUAAAUAUUCUGCUUCGGACUUAAUUCUUAUUUGCUGAAUUGAACUUUUUAACUUUGAAGCAUUUGGAAUACAAAUGACUGUCUAAGGAUGAUUCGAGGUAGACAGUUGAUUGUAAAAUUAAUGUAGUCAAUCAUGGAACAAAUUGGUAGAGUAUGAAAUAGUUCCAAAAAUUUAUCACCAAAAUCUCUAUCUUCUUCUUUUACUCUAAAACUACAUUUAAUCCUAUUCCUAACUUGGAAACAAACCCGUGAGAGGUAUACUGAUAUUUUUAAAAUUCACUUCACAUGUACUUGAAUAAGACAAAUACGAAGUAAGGGUAUCAGAUAUUGGCUCUAUAGUCCACUAAUGAUUCGUUAUACAUAUAUCCUCAAUCCUUGCUAUCCAGAUGUCGAUCCAAACUACUCGGUAUCGUAUUAUUACUAUCGAUGAAUCAAAUAUCAGGACAUAGGAAAACUAGUACAUAACUUGCGAAAGUUCAGAAGUUACUGUCAUCUUUCGAAAAUGUAUCGAUACGUUUAAGAGUAUAACUAUAAAUGAAUUGUAAAUUUCAAACCCAAAAUACGAUGAAAAUUUGAUUCGCAGUAAUCGGUUAUUUACGUUAAAUAGUGACUUGUAAGUAAUGUAACUAAAUGAAAUAUGUAAAAAUACAACCCAAUUAAUUAAUUAA